UCAACAACCCUAGAAUUCCUAAACCCUACUUCGACUUUACCAUCCCCUUUGCUUCUGCUUCCCUCGCCGGAAACAUUCAAGUUUUUUUUUUCCGGCCACUUUCGGGUGAUGUUUCCGGCCGUCUCGUCUGCUCUGGCUUUCAUGGAGGCGUGUAAAUUUUGUUCUCAAGAUCUGUUGAGAAGGUUGUCCUAGUAUUCUUGGAAAUUAGGGUUUCAGUUGCAGGUUUUGAUGUGGGAUACAUCGUAGUUUUCUGUAUUUUGUGCUGAUUACCAUCCAAAGCAGGACGGCAAUUGUAUUUAGAUUCCUUCAGAUUAGACAAAGCAUUUCUCUGGCCAAGUAUGUGGUUCCCAGGUUUUCUCUUCAAGAAAAACCUGUAUAGUUUAUUUAAAAUUUUACCAGUUCACUUUAAGUUUUUUGAUUCCCAAACUCCUUUCCUUUUAGCUUGGAAAACGAAUCUAUGUCUUUAAGCAAAAGAAGAGAACCAUCUAUUUUUACCACCUGCAUCAAAGAGAACCUCAGUAUAACUUCAAAGCAAAACGAGUGAGGCAUCCCAACGCUUCCCCAUGAGUUUCAUGCAGCACCGGAUCUUAGCUGUUGGCCAACAGUUCCCCGAUGCUAAGAGUUGUCGGAGAGCGAUCAAAGAGGCUGCCAUCGCUGAAGGCUUCGAUUUCCGAUCGGUUAAAAAUGAUAGGGUCCGCUUCACUGCUAGGUGUGCCAAAGAAGGUUGCCCAUGGCGCUUGCACGCUGCAAAACUCCCUGAUAGCACGAUCUUCACAAUAAAGAGCAUCAGAGAGGCACAUACUUGUGGGGGAACGAUCACAACCAAUCGACAAGUUUCGGGAGAGUGGGUUGCAAGCUACAUAGAGGAACGGCUGAAAGAGAACCCGCAUUGCAAGCCAAAGGAAAUCUUGCAAGACAUUCAAAAGCAGCAUGGGUUCACUAUAUCAUACAAGAAAGCAUGGAGAGGGUACCAACGCUGCAUGACAGCGAUUUAUGGGUCUUUUGAAGAUGGGUACCGUCUCUUACCAGCUUACUGUGAGCAAAUCAAGCUCACAAACCCUGAUAGCAUUGCUCGUGUUGUUAGUACUGGGGCUGAGCACCGAUUUAGACGCCUCUUCCUUUCUUACCAAGCAUCAAUCUAUGGCUUUGUGAAUGGAUGCCGACCUCUUCUUGGGCUCGAUGUGGUCCACCUUCAUGGCAAAUAUCUUGGUAGCCUACUCUCAGCUACUGCCUUUGAUGCUGAUGGUGCCAUUUUCCCAUUGGCUUUUGGGGUGGUUGAUGUGGAAACUGAAGAGAACUGGAUGUGGUUCCUCUCUGAGCUUCAUAAGCUUAUUGAAAUGAAUGCUAGAAAGAUGCCUAUGCUUACAAUCUUGUUUGAGAGACGAAAGGGGGUUGUAGAAGGGGUUCAAAAGAAGUUCCCCAGUGCUUUCCAUGGCUAUUGUAUUCGUCAUUUGUGUGAAGAGUUUCGCCUCAAAUUCAAGAACCCUAGGCUUGUACACCUCCUUUGGAAGUCAGCCCACACUCUCUCCACCAUAGAAUUCAAGGCCAAGAUGGCUGAGAUGCAAGAGCUCUCGAGUGAAGCUUAUGAAUGGAUCCAAGAGAUUCCUGCUCGCCAUUGGGCUGAGAUCUACUUCGAGGGCGCCCGCUAUGGCCGCCUCACCUCGAAUGUGGUUGAGAUGAAUGAAUGGAUCCAUGAAGCUAGAGAGCUGCCCAUCAUCCAAAUGAUGGAGUGGAUCCACCGAAAACUAAUGGCAGAAUUCGAAGAAAGGAGACAGAAAGGAGCACAGUGGACCACAGUGCUUGCCCCCUCAGCCGAGAAGCAAAUGGCUGAGUCCCAUCUGUUGGCCCAAAACUAUCGAGUUAUCCGAUCAAGUGAGGUGGAAUUUGAGAUACUUUUCGCUGAGCAAACAAACAUAGUGAAUAUAGACACAGUUUCAUGCUCGUGUCGAGCUUGGCAAUUGUAUGGGUUGCCUUGUUCUCAUGCCACAGCGUCUCUUGUGUCUUGUAACAAAUCAGUGUAUCAGUUCACUGAUAAAUGUUUUACUGUGGCGAAUUACAGGGAUACAUAUUCCCAAGCUGUAAAUCCUCUGCCUGAUAAGGGGGAGUGGGAAAAGUUGGCAGAAGGGGGGGAAGAUGGGAACAGCAAGGCCUCAAUAAGUGUGAGGCCGCCUAAGGUGAGGAGACCACCAGGUAGGCCAAAGAUGAAGCAAGUGUGUACUGAGGAUCUCUAUAGGCAAAAGCAUACUGUUCAUUGUAGGCGAUGCAACCAAACGGGUCAUUACAAGACAACUUGCAGGGCUGUGAAAGCCUUACCUGACCCUAACGGACCAGUGAUGGCCUUACCGGAUACAAACAUGCCUGCAGCUCAACCUCAACAAGCUUUGUAGCCUUUUCAUCGAUUUGAAUGUUUGUAUUUGCCAUUUCUCUCUCUCUCUCUCUCUCUCGUGGGUUUAGAAUGUUGGGAUUUAGGGUACACUUACCUUGCUGUGAAGAAAUGGUGAUAGCGGGUUUAGGGGAAGGAAGAUGGAGAGGUGUUACUUCUGUCUUUUGGUAAAUUUGGAGUGGAUCUUAGCAGCAGUUGUAGGCCUUGUAUGUUCAUUUCUUCUUUCUUAUUGAUCAUAAUGUUAAUUUAGGCCUUUGUUUAUGGGAGAUCAA